ACUGAGGUCAAGCUGCGGCCAAUGUAGGCGACGUGACAGCCAAGCUUGGGCCCAGUUUUCGCCUUUAUUUUCAAAUUCUACUUGGGAAGCUGUUUUCGCCCACUAUUAGCUUCUACUCGGAAACUUUUCAUUUGGAAUGUCCUAAAUGAAAAAAUCGAACGUAUUAUUCAGAACGCUCCGAAUAAAAAAUUGCUUGCAUACCCGCCUACCCGGGUACGCUCGUCAGCGUCAGUGUCAGUUGUCAAUACACCAUUCUUGAUUAUACUCGGAACGAGUCAUAUGUAGUGCGCAUUAUUGCGUACGCGUGCAGGGGUCAUGUGCUGGGCAACGGUACAGUUGCACGUGCUUACCUGCAGCGCACGCAGUGUUCUGAGGUUUAAUUUUGUUACCGCGCGAAUCCAUCCAGCGGCAGCACUACGGCUAUCCCGAGCGUAUUUUGGUAUCUUAAAAAGACAGUCGGGAGUGUAUCAGUCGACUGAGUUGACACUACUACGGAAGUCCAUUGGUAACGAGUACUCGACGAGUUGUUCCUAUAUCCGCACUAAGAUGUCAGCGUCAGCUAGUUUUUCGUCCGUACAACGUGGUGCUCCCAAUUCUCCGGACUAUCGCAUUUUUUUCCAAAAUGAAUCACAUCCAAUUUCACCAAUGCACGACAUACCCUUGUAUGCGGAUGAAGCUAACAAGAUAUUCCAUAUGGUGGUAGAAGUCCCGAGAUGGACAAAUGCGAAAAUGGAGAUCAAUUUGAAGGAACCACUAAAUCCUAUUAAACAGGAUAUCAAAAAAGGCAACCUUAGAUUCGUUGCCAAUUGUUUUCCACAUCAUGGAUACAUAUGGAAUUAUGGUGCCAUACCACAGACCUGGGAAAAUCCUGAAGUAUUAGAUGCAGAAACUGGUUUCAAAGGAGAUGGUGAUCCCAUUGAUGUUUUAGAAAUUGGUUACAAGGUUGCGAAGAGAGGAGAGGUAUUAAAAGUAAAGGUUCUCGGUACGGUAGCUCUCAUUGAUGAAGGUGAAACUGACUGGAAAAUUAUUGCAAUUGAUGUUAAUGACCCUUUGGCUAGUCUAAUCAAUGAUGUUGGUGAUAUUGAUAAACAUUGCCCGGGAUUAUUGAAGGCUACAAUUGAAUGGUUUAAAUUAUACAAAAUCCCAGAUGGCAAGCCAGAAAAUCAAUUUGCUUUCAAUGGAGAGGCCAAGCCAAGAGAUUUCGCUUUAAAAGUCAUUAAAGAUGUACAUAAUCAUUGGAAAAGUUUAAUUAAAAAAGAUGUAAGCCCGACUAAUGUGUCAUGUGCUAAUGUAACUAUUCAAGACAGUCCAUAUCUCAUAACGGCAAGCGCAGCUCAAGAAAUUGUCGACAAAUUACCAGCAUUAGAAGAAUCAUUGCCCAUCGAUCCUACAGUUCAUAAGUGGCACUAUGUACAUCUCCAGUGAAGAUAGAUUAUCCAGUAUUUGUAUAAAAUACUGUAAAUGGGUGCACAGCUACAUAGCGAAACUGUGAGGUUCAUGUUUGUCAUUUAUUUUCAAAUAUUUUUAUUCUAAAAAACUAAUUUUGCAAACUCAAGGUUUUUAUAAUUACUAUUCUUAAAAGUUUUAUCAUUUAUUGUGAAUGUAAAAUAAUGAUCUAUGCUUAAAAGUUUUGUAUAUGAGGUAAUACUAUUGAUUAUAAUGUAUUCAAGCUGAAUGUUACUUCAUUCAUCGUAAUGCUAUUUUUUUCAUUAAAGAAACAUUAAAGUACUUUUAGAUACUUUCUAACUUUGUUUUUAUAUUAAGUCACUUCAAAAAAUCCAGUCACUUAUAAACUUUAAAAAUAUUUAAAAUAAGUUUAAUUAGUUGAAGAGGCUAUUGUGACCUGUUAUAGCACCUGUUGUGUAUUGUAAUUGGGUUUGAAUAAAGGAGCACAAGGGAAUUGUUACUUAAGGGGGCUCCUUCACAAAAG